ACAGACAGAGAGCAGCUCAUACUUGUAUGAGUUUCUUUAACUGUAUCCAGUCUUCUUUAUGUGUCAAAGAUGCAGUUUGUCACUGGUGGAACAGAACUUGGGUUAUACAUGCUGCUUUUUGUGUCUCUACAUCUUUGGGGAAGACUUUCAGCUUCCACAUCCCCUCCUCCUCUCCCGGUGCCAACUCUUGACAUCUUUUCAAGGUCAAAGGACUCAGUGGUCCUGGUCUGUCGAGUCCCAGAGAGGCACCGGGGAGUGCUGUUCAAGUUGUACCGGAUCACAGACAUGGUGGAUUCUCAGGAGCAGCCAUCUGGUGCUGAGGAGGUUCAAUUCACUGUCAGGGUAAACAAAGGGGAGUCAAGCCAAUAUGAAUUAUUCUGCUGUUUGUACAAAGACAAGGAUGGCAGAUACAGUGCAUUCAGCUCUUAUUUGCAGCUGGAUCAAACAGAUGCUCCCCCUACUCGCCCCAUACCCUCGUUUCCUCCUCCCGUUUUGUCUGUGGAGCCCUCCAGCGGUGUGGUUAAACAGGGAGACACGCUGGCCUUCCGCUGCUCCCUCCCUGUUCCUCAGCCCCAGUACCAGUCCCACUAUAACUCCAACAACAAGCCACUGUCCUUCUUUUUGCUGAGGAGGGGCACUGAGGAACCUGUGACAACAUCCACGAUCCCUCAGCCCCAGGCCAGUCAGGGGUCAAACCCUGUACCACAGCCUGGAGUCUUCAAUGUGGGGCCGGUGAGGGGAGGAGAGGAGGGCGAGUAUACCUGCAUUUACCAGGUAACCAGAAAAAGAGGACUGGUCAAUUCAUCUGUCAGCAAUGUGGUUCACAUCACCAUCAAGGCUGCAGAUCUGCUGCCUACACCAACCCUUGCUCUCCAACAGCAGACAGAUGUGUGGCAUUUGCUCUGUAAAGGGUCUCCUGCGUAUCCCGGUGCUGUGUUCUCACUCUACUAUGUGGAUACUGUACUUCCUGUUGCCACGCAGCAUACCAAAGUGAUUGACCAUCAGGCCAUUUUCCCAGUUCCUGUCCAGGACACUCCAGUGGCUUUGUACCAGUGCGACUACAGUGUCUUACUGGGAAAAGAAUGGAGGACCUCUGAACGCAGCCUCCCUCUGGUUGUAACCAAAGGAGGUCCUGCUCCUCCGUCAUUGGGAGGUGUGGACUGGCCGCUGGUGCUGGGGUGUUUCUCAUCUGUGGUUUUGUUCCUCUGCUCCAUAGCGCUCAUCAUUGUGGUGGUACUCAGGAAAGUAAAAGCAGCAGCUGAGGAAAAGAAAAAAAGAGAGGAGGCUCAGUUCUGGACUCAGGUUCACGCCAAAGACCAUGUUGUUGAUCUUACACUUAGACGUGCAAGCUUCACCUCCAUGAACUGGUCCAGUGGAGACACAAGUGCAGAGACCGCCCCCAGAUCCCCGUUAUGGAAUGCUCUGUCUACAUUUACAACUCCGAUCAAUCCCGACUAUUAGAAAAGUUUCUUUGUCUCUGUUUUCUCCCUCUCCCUCUGUAUGGGUUCAUACUUUGUUCUAUCAGUGUAGCAUAAGUUGGGGUUACACAGCAGGACAGGAAAGACUAUUUCCUAAGGGCCUCUUUCAUGUAAGAGAGGAAAAUUGUACAAAUUAACAGGAUAUGAUGUUUGUUUGAUCUUAGUUACUUCAUACAGACUUUUUUUUUGGUUUGUAUGCAGAAUAUGUGCUUUGUGAAUUAUUUAUUUAAGCUUUAAAAGUUUGUGACUAUAUAGGGGCUAUAUGUGGUAUUUCUAUUGUCAAAUAUUAAAAAUGACCUAAAAUUAUCAUUAGAGUGCUUAGGAUAAUCAGUCAUGAAAUUAUGGAAAAGAUGCCAGUGUAUUGGAUUUUAGAGGUAUUACAAGAAUGUAUUUAUCCAGACAGACCACUGGAAGGAAUCGUGUGUUACUCUGCUGGUGUGCCAUAAUCCUACUAUAAUGGACGUUUCUGUGUCCGGCGCAUGUUUGUCCGACGCGUGUCCCGAUGUUGCAGCACGGGAGGGCGUAUGGGUGCAAUGCCACU